AUUGCUAAUAUAUGACUGAAGCUUAUGACAUGGAGAUUUAACCAUGAAGAGAAAUAUUACUGAAAAUUCAACACGAGCUACAGCAGGAUGUCUUCCUGUAUUACUAUUCAACCAAAAGAAAAGAACCCGAUUGCCAUUAACUUCAAAUCCUAUGGAACAUGAGUCGGGCUCCAGUAGCAUUUUUCCUACAUCAGAGAGUUUUGAUUCACCACCUGCAGGCAACAGAGGACUGAUGCAAAGCAGACCACAAAUCAAUCAGACAACUGUGCAGAACAAUUAUGAGGCCCAGUUUCAGUAUCGCAGUAAGAGGAACAAUCUGGACAAUACAGGCAGUGGGAUGACACCUGUGCCAAAUUCAGCAAAAACUACAAAAACCAGCCAACUUCAGCAACAAGUACUACAACGUGAACAAAUUCAGGAGUACAGGAAGUUUUCCUAUGGAUCUAAUGUCGAAGAGCAAGAUAGUAAAAACAGCUGGAACCAGAUUCAGCAACAAGUACCUCAACGGCAACAAAGACAGGAGCACGGGCAAUUUUUGAGUGGAUCCAACACCACAGGGCAAAACAAUAACACCACCUGGAACACAGGUGCUAAACAACAGUUGGGAAACAUUUGGAAAGAAAAUAGUAGGCCUUUAACAAAUGAAGUAAAGGAACUUGGAUCUACUACUGGCACUAAUCGUUCACAAAUGAAAAUCAUAGAUACUUUCAGAUCACGUGUGUCAUCUGACUCUUACAAAGCACAGACAAAAUCUUAUCAACAAAUGCAUCAGAAGUUCAAGAAUUCGCCUCAAAAUAUAGCAAGCAGUAGAAAUUGUGGUCAACAAAAUCAGUUUACUGAAAAUCACUUUGUAAAUAAUCCCAGUGAUGGUGUGGAUCAGAAGUCAAAACCCGUUCAGAUGAAAUUUACACAACCAGAUAAUUCAUUACGUGUUGUGACUACAACUAUAGAAGGCAUGAAACACUGGACUCAGUACAGUGACAGAUUUGCAUUGCUAUUUGAGGUCUUUGACGGAAGUCCAGCUGCACACCUUUACCUGGACCACUCUGCCCAUGGAGGUGAAAGUCACUAUUGCCCUGAACUACUUUGA